AUGGACACGGCAUCCUCACCCCACGGCAUCGCCAACAACCUCUUCGCCAUCACAGGCGCAGCAUCAGGCAUCGGCCGCGCAACCGCCACGCUCCUCAUCCAAAGCGGCGCCAAAGUCUCGCUCGCAGACAAAGACGAAGCAUCUGUCCUGCAACUAGCCCAGGAACUCGGCGAAAACGCCGUAGGGUACAAAGUCGACGUUACAAAGAGCGAGGAGGUAAACGCGUGGAUAGGUCGAGCGGGAGAGAAGUGGGGGAAGGAAUGUCUAGACGGCGCAGUAAAUCUCGCAGGCAUAUCUGGGUCUCUCGCCCCUGCCCACGCGCACUCGCCGUCCAACUACGCCGCCGUCUUUGGUGUAAACGUCGAGGGAACAUUUAAUUGCAUGGCCGCCGAACUCGGCAGCAUGCGCGUUGCAAGCGGCGAUGUAGUAACCGGCGGCUCCAUCGUCAACGCAGCAUCGAUCACGGGACUGGUUGGGAAACCGAAUUGCAGUAUCUACUGCGCGUCGAAGCAUGCGGUUGUGGGGCUUACGAAGGCGGCGGCCAAGGAGCAGGUGGGGACGGGGAUACGAAUUAACGCAAUUGCUCCUGGCUUCGUGGAUACGCCGCUCAUGCACGCGCUGGAUGCCGAGCUCGGAUUCGCGCUGCCGAACGAUGCGGUGUUGGGGCGGCGGGCGCGUCCCGAGGAGGUGGCUAGGGUGAUUCGCUUCUUGCUUAGUAGCGAGGCGAGCUUUGUGACUGGAUCGGUGUAUCAGAUCGAUGGCGGGAUGGUGUGCUGA